GCGGGCUCGGUUCUCGUCUCGGCCGCUGACGGGGCCGGCCAUGGCGCCCGGCGGGACCCGCGGCCGGACGCCGCGCUGGGGGCUGCGCCUGGGCGGCGCCGCGCUCUUCCUGCUGCUGCUCCUGGAGGCCGCCGCGCAGGACGCGCCGGGAGCGGGUUGUUCUCAGAAUACAAACAGAUCUUGUGAAGAAUGCCUGAAGAAUGUCUCGUGUCUGUGGUGCAAUACUAACAAGGCCUGUGUGGAGUACCCUGCGAGGAAAAUCCUGCCGCCUAGUUCCCUUUGUGAGCUGAGUUCCGCACGAUGGGGCGUUUGCUGGGUGAAUUUUGAGGCGCUGAUUAUCGUCAUGUCGGUGCUGGGAGGCUCCAUCCUCCUCAGCAUUGUUGUCUGUUGCUGCUGCUGCUGCCGCAAGAAGAAGGGCAGGAAGCCAGACAAGAGCGACGAGCGGGCCAUGAGAGAGCAAGAGGAGAGGAGAGUCCGACAGGAAGAGAGGAGAGCAGAGAUGAAGUCAAGACACGAUGAAAUCAGGAAAAAAUAUGGUCUCUUUAAAGAACAAAACCCAUACGCGAAGUUUUAAAACAGCUACGGUGUACUACCUUUGGGCCAGGCAGUCCUAAAGCUUCCUGGGAGAACUGCCUCUCAGCACAGCCCGCAGGCAGACACCUGCGUGGGUGAGCCUCCCAGUGUCCAGCUGGGACAAUCCUGCUCCUGUCUGCACGCUGUGGCCUUCCCUUUUCCCUUACUGCUGUUUCUGUAGCUAAGAGCUUCAGACGUGAAACUAACUGGGUUUCUCUGGAGGAAAUGUAUUUGUUUGCCACUUAGUGCAACUCAGUACAAGCCAAGUUGGACACACCCUUCCUGGCUCCCAGCUGCAGGAGCCUGCCCUGCUCUGCCCCAGGGGCACAUGAGGGCCACCUGUCUGUCUGUUCAUCCUGGGGAAGACUGAUGUGUGUGUCUACCCAUUUCUUCUAAUUCUGGUGGCCUUUAGGAAAGCAUCUCUGACAGUACUUUCUAGCCCAUUUUUAUUGAAUAGUUUUGGAGGUAAUCAAAAUCACCUUAAGUCUCUUAAAAAGCAUUUUAGAUUCUCUCAAACAAAAUAUCACCAAAAAACUUAGAUGUGAAAUUUCAGGCCCUACAAGGUGGUAUUUUUAUAUCUAUCUUUAAUAGACGAUGAGUCACUUUCCCAUGGAAACCCAGUUCUAAAUGUGGUUUGAAGUCCUCUCUCAGGAGCGCCCCGUCUGCCUCCUGUCCAGCUGCUUUCACAGACGGGUGGUCCUGUGUCCUCCACGGGCCCUGGAACCCGACUCAGUUUCUCCUCUUGUCGGGCUGUGGAGGGGCUCAUCAUGGGGGAGGCUGGGGGGGGCAUGUCCAUCUAAGGAGGGUGAAGCCCAUGUGGCCAUGUGAAUUGGAGGCAGGUGCGUGGGGUCCAGCCCGAGCAGAAUCCCCACACUGCCCAGCUCCGUCACGCUUGACAUUGGCCUCUGGAAGUGCCUCAGUGGGACUUGAGCCCUCCACAGUGCACGCUGCUUUAGCUCAAGAGAUGUGACUUCAGCAACCACCAUAUGCUUGCUGGCAGGAAAGAGAGCAAGAGACACCCUCAAGUUACUGGACACUGAAGAAAAUCAAAAAUAGUCUCGCCAGAUUGCUUUGAAUUAAAGCCUUUGGGAAGGAGGCUGGCACGCGGGUGGAUGUGCUAGUGAGCUCCCAGCGUUGUCCUGUGCGUCCGCCACGGAGCCUCCAGCACGUGCCACCUGUCACCACGCACGUGGCUGUCGGCUGCCAUGCCGCCUCGCCCCUCUCCACCAGAGACUUUUCACAAACCUCUCAUCUGUUAUUUUUCUGACUUCUUGGGCUUUCGAUUACAAUUUAAAGUAUUAUAAAUAUUCCGGAAUAUUUUAUAUUUUCAGAUUUUGACUUUCUACUAUUUGUUGAUAAAAGAAACUGAGAUAGACCUUAGUGAACUUCGUAUGGGCACAGUAGUUCAUGUAAAGUCAUGCUGUGCGUCGCUUCUGUUGCUGCGUGGAAGGUAGAGGUGCAUUUGAUCCUCACUUUGUGGAAACAUGGCAGUCAGUCAGCCACAGGCCCGUGCCUUCCUCCACACCACACCAGUCACAACGCCGGAAGGUGCCUUGCUUUCUAACCUCUUUCCAAUAAAAUGGUUUCAUACUG